AUGCUUUUGACGAGUAUUUUCAUCGUAACCAUCGCUUGCAUAGUUAUUUUUUAUUUGUGGACCAUUAAUCGCCUUUAUGAUUAUUUCAAAUGUCGAAAUAUUCCGGGCCCACUGCCCCGUUUCUUCUAUGGUCAUAAUAAAGAGUUUUGGUCAACCGAAACUUAUUCUAAACAGUUACAAGAAUGGACUCGUCAAUAUGGAUCAAUCUAUGGUUUAUUCGAAGGUACAAUACCUAUGUAUGUUGUAUCCGAUGCUGAUUUUCUUCAAGUUUACAUUAAACAAUUUUCAUCUUUUCAUUCACGACCUAUUUCGAGAAUAAUGCGUGUGGAAAAUGAUGGAAAGAUUCAUUUAUCUAGAGCAACUGGUAAACGAUGGCGUUAUCAACGAGAUAUUAUUAAUUUAAUGUUUUCGACUGUUAAACUUAAUUCACUGGUGCCGUUGAUGAAUGAUUGCCUGAGUACAAUGCUGAAAAAAUUAUCUUUUGGAACAAGAAACAGCAAUGUUGAAAUUAAUAUUUUUGAUUCUUAUAAACAUAUGACUAUGGAUGUUAUUUGUCGAUGUGCAUUUGAUAUUAAUUCUAAUUGUCAAAAUACUUUUAACAUUACAUAUUUAAAGGAAUUCGAAGAAUUAUGCGAAACAAAUACGGAUCAAAUACCAAUUUUUCAAUUGAGUAAUUUAAUGCCAUUUCUAGCACAUCCUUUACAUGAUUUUCUGUUUUGUCUACUGGCUGUUCGUAAAAGAACAGCUGAGCUGAUACCGACAUUAAGAAAAUAUAUUAGAGAAUUUCCUGUUGUCUGUUUAAUUAAUAGAAUUUAUGAAAUUGUUGAUCUUCGAAAAAAAUCAUUAUCGAAAUCGAAUAAAUCUACAGACUUUUUACAAUUUAUGAUUGAUACUUUCAUUGAUGAUGAAAUCACAGAUGACACUGUUGCUCAGCUGAGAUCAAAAGCACUAAGUUCAGAUGAAAUAGCAAGUAAUAUAUUUAUUUUCGUAGCUGUUGGUUACGAAACAGUAUCAACUACAUUAGCUUAUUGUACAUAUGUGUUGGCAACAAAACCAGAUAUUCAAGAAAAACUUUUUAAUGAAAUUAAUCAAAACCUGUCGGAUGACAUUGAUAACGAUUCUAUAGAUGAUGUUGAAACGAAUUUUUCGUACUUGGAUAUUUUUGUACGCGAAGUUCUUCGAAUGUUUCCUAUAACAACUAAAGCAAUGACUCGAGAAUGUAAUAUAACAACAACUGUCUGUGGACAUACUAUUGAAAAGGGAUGUAUUAUUCAACCGGAUAUUUUCAGUAUUCAUUAUAAUCAAGAUUUAUGGGGACCUGAAGAUCCCAAUCUUUUUAUACCUGAACGACAUCAACGAAAUCGUCGUUUAAUUGCUUCUAUGCCAUUUGGAGUUGGUCCGAGAAAUUGUGUUGGAAUGAAAUUUGCUUUAAUGGAAAUAAAAAUUUGCUUGAUUCAAUUACUUCGUCAAAGUCGAAUUUUGCCUGGAGAAAAACUGGAACAAGGAUUUAAAUGUAAAGAAAGACUUAUUAUUCAGCCUGAUGCUAUUUUUAUUAAACUUGAAAAACGUAAAAUUGAAAAAUAUAGUUCAUUGUCUCAUGGUCUCGUAGACUAA